GUUGCCUUCACGGACCCUCGGUGUCUGGACACUUCUUCGGGCUCGUUCGCAGCUGGAUCCUCGAGCUCCGCUGUUUCUUUGUGUUUUUCGGGAAUCGAACAUUUGCACCGAAAGUGUAAAAAAAAAAACUUCCUCGCUCCUCUUCCACCCUCGACGCCAUGAACGGGAAGUCUUCGCACGGGGCCGCGGGGGGGAUGGCCUGCAUCGAGGGGCUGCCGCCGCUGCCCAAGAGCCUGAGCGGCUUGUUGAACUCGAGCGGCGGCUCCUGGAGGGACAUGGAGCGGAUGUACGUGAAGAAGACGAUGAUCCAGGACGACCUGAGCCGGGGCCGGAACCACGGCGACAGCCUGCGGGCCCACAAGCCGCCGAACCUGGACGCUGCGCUGGCGCUGCUGCGGAAGGAGAUGGUGGGUCUGCGUCAGCAGGACAUGUCCCUGCUGUGCCAGCUGUGGUCGCUCCACGAGUCCAUCCAGGAGUACAAGGGCAGCUGCCAGGACCUGAGCGCCGCCUCCAGCCUCAGCAUGAUGGAGAACGGCUACUUCGACGAGGACGACGAGUAUUACCCGGAGCCUGGCGCCACCCCCACCGGGGAGCAGCCGGACGGGGAGGUCGGAGACGGGGCAGCGGCUAAGAACGGGAGCGGCAUCGGCAAAGACGACAGCUGGGACUCUUUUCACGUCACCAUCUGAGGCCUCAUUCUCAGCAUCUCUCUGCAGAUGGAAAGACACUUCGGGGGAAACGGACUGAGUAAAGCUGGAGGAUAAGUGGAGCGGCUCUAAAAUAACCUUUUGGCCUUGGAGAAGGGAGCGAUUGGUCAGAGACGUGGUGUCUCUUUACCGUAGCAGACUGUAAAUACAAAGCACCAGCUCCAGCGUGAUCGCUCUCCUCCUCCGGUGAAACGUUCACCUGCGGCCCGGUGUCCUGACGAUCCGUCGCCGCUGACGCCCUCUGACACACUCUGACACACUCAGGAGUCGAGGUGGAUUGUUUUCAAAGACUUUGCAUACUCAAAAUUAGGCAAAAUAUAUAUAUAUAUAUAUAUAUGACGUAUUCCUUUUUAUAAUCGGCUCUGCUGCUGCUUCUGUAUCCACUAGCCAGGCUCCCUUUUUGGCAGAACGUUUUUUUACAUAACCAAGAUAUAUGAACAAAGUUUUAUUAUUUAUUAUAUAAUAUAAAUAGCUCUCAACGGAAAGUUUGUACUUCAGCUCUACCCGGGAACAAGGGAACAGCAUCUACCUGUUGGACGUCCCUGAAACUGGGGAGUGAAUAAAGAGGAGGGGAUUUCUGAGCUCUGCGAUCGACCUCGUUGACGUGUUGAUGGAGACUGUGGGGGGUGAAUCCAUCAGGGCAGAAGGUGUCAGACAUCGAUAGUGGAGAAAGAUGUGGAGAUCUGCAAGGGGGUCCUCACUUUCAACGCCUUUCAGUCGGAGCAGACGUUUGCUCUGAAAAUGUGAAAUGUUCAAAAUGCUGGAAACGCUUUGCAUUGGUGAAAAACGUGGCCGCCCAGUGGACCAGGCAAUAAGUCAUGGAUAUUACAAACUGCCAUGUUUACUUUUCAUAGUUAUGACCAUUAUUUCUCUCAAUAAUAACAUUGUACUCAUCAAGAUCUGUGAACUCAGCAAUUAUUUUGAGUGCAAUAUUCUCAUAAUCGGUAGAAAUAGCAGCCAAAACUAUGAAAAUAAAACCCAAGUUGUGAUAAACUAUAAUUAUUCUUCAACACAGCCAGUUAGGAAGUGAUAACCAGUAAUAAUCAGGAAACAUCUACACAAAACGAGCAAUUUUCUACGCAACUUUGAGGCUUUUAUUUAUAUAUUCUAUCUAAAUGACUGGCUUUGAUCCACUUCUCUCGUAGCUUGCACUUGAUCGUUGGAACAGACUUACAGGAGAAUCACAAGUGCAUAAGUGACUUUGAAAAGUUGUGUUUCGGUCGGAUUGUGAGGACGCUGCUGUCGUCCAUGUCGCAGAGCGAACACGAAGCUGUAGCUCUAAACCUGGUAGCAGAUAUCAGUUCAAUACAGGGUGCUUUUAUAAAACUGUGUAUCCUACAAGAUCCUGAACCAUUCUCACCGUAGCAGCACAUGCAGGCUGAACAUCAUUUCAGAUUCAUCAGGGCGACAUUAUUUCAGCGUUUUCUUACAUCCGCUUUUCCAUUUCUACUCAUUUCUUUUCUCUAACAAGAUUGUAACAGGGAGUGUUUGUUGUGUUCAGUGGAAACAUGUAAACAAACUGGACAAUUCCAGUGUCGUCCUCACGGAUCUCUGCGUACAGUCUGAGGAGUGUUUCCAUUUACAAACACAGCCUUACUUUAAACUCUAUCUUCUCUUUUUCUCUGCCGUCGACCUGCGUCAUGUAUCUUACGACAGGCCUAGACACUUGGAUGUGUGUGUGUGCAUAUAUUCUUAACUUCUAAUCGUCACAUGAAUGCUCUGUCCGGUCUUCCUUCAUGUCUGAACUCUCGGCUCGGUCUGUAGCACGUUACCGUCACAGCUCCGGUGAGCAGCAGCUGAUUUCAGUCAUGUGUUGAUGUUGUGUCUGUAAAGAUCAGAGACUGGGUAGAAAGAUGGAGGCAGGGUUUAUAACCUAUACUGCAGCAAGCCACCAGGGGGCGAUCAAGAUGAUUUGGCUCCACUUUUAGUGAGCUGUCAUGUCGUCCAUCUUUAUGCACAGUCUACGAUAUAGAUCACGUGACGUCAUGUGCACAUAUGGAACACAAACCAAAGAAAGUGCAGAACUCAAAAUGAAAUGUAUUUGGUUCAAGUUGCUUAAGAGGAAAACAUUUGAUUUUACUUUGAAGGUGCAGUUCAACAUAAUCCCUGACGUGUUGAAGAAUGUCUCCACGAGUCGUGUGACAGCUGAUGAAUGGAGCUCGACACUAAACACAUGUUAUUCUCUGUGCUUCAGAGCGUUGUCAUGGAAACACUAAUGUUUUGAUUUCUAACGACACGGUUAUUGUGACAUUGAUUUCACCGACUGACGUAUGAAAGUCUAGAAGAUUCAUUUGAACACAGUCGCAGCUUAAAGAGCUCAAAGCUUCGUGUGUAGUAACUGUACAGCGUCUGUUGGUAAAGGAAAAGUUUGAAGUUUGUGGGAAAUGCACAUAUUUGUAUGAGACCAUUAAUACCACCGUCAUGUUUGUACAGUGGUUAGCUCGUUAGCUUAGCUUAGCAUAAUGAGCGUUUACAAGGGGAAACCUCGUUCCCUUCGGCAGAAAGAAAAUCCACCGGCACGACUAAAGCUCAUUAAUUAACAGCUCAGUGUUUAAAUCUGUACACGAACCGAAGUUCAAACACAACUCGUGUGAACCAGAAGGACACAAGUAAGCAUGUUUCACAAAAAUGUCAAAUUGUUCCUUUACCAAGUUUGAUCUUUUUCUGCUUCUCCCGUAUUUACUCACUCUUAAUCUGAAAACCUUCCCUGUUCAUAAUAAUCUUAAUGCGUCUGCAAAUGAUAACCAAUCAGACAGAGAUCAAUGGUUUCAUUAUAUAAUCAUCUCAAUUGAAUGUGUGUGUUAUUUGUUAUGGAGCUUUUCUUUCCACAGUUUAUCACACGUUACGUUUGUUCUGGAUCUGAGUGAUGCUGAUAUUUUACAGUCAAAUUUGGCCUUUUGGGUCGUUUCAGAAAACGUUGUUCUGUUGUUAAAGCUCACAAACGAUCGGACCGAUGGGAAAUCUUGACCCAGGCCUGUUGGUGGAUGUCUACACAUUUAGUGCCUUUUAGAAAUCUUCAGGUCUCAGACUGAAAAGGUGAAGAGCAAGGCUGGGAGGGAAAAUGUAAUGUCAUUUUCUACAGUAGCAAUAUAACAAAAGUUCGGUAUAAAUCAACAUAAUGGUUAUUUAUGCAUUGUGCAAAGAAAGUGUAAAUGUUCUUCCUCACACUUGUGAAACGUUUUGCUGUUUUAGAAAGAGUCGGCCUCAGUUUGUGUUUUUCCUUAAAAGAAAUCUGCCUUUAAAUUUGAAUUAAACAAUCAUUUAUCUACAUUUAUCCUGAUAAUGAUCAAUAUUGACUGAUAUAAAUACAGAAAUUAGCAGGAGAGACAUUUUCAUCCACACAAACAGAUUUGGAUAAAUGUUCAGUAAUAACAGCUUCUUUCUUCAUACAAGAUUUAUUCAGAUCUUUUUAGUCUCCGCUGUUAUUUGUCGUCUUCAAUUAAUAUAUAUAUAUUCAACGGCCUUAAAAUCCGUCACGUCAAUUGCAAAAUAAGCUCCGUGUGGAAAUCCUCACUCGUUCAGCUUUGCACUUGUUUCAUUUGUGGCUGUUUCGUGUUCAAUCCCCCAAAAACCGACAGCGUCCCGCUCCUCUUCUUCAUCACACAGGCACACUGUGCCUCUUGUACAGGAACACGACUGUAACUGAAUCCAGCACCGACCAGUUUGAACGGUGCUUUUCACCAACACCAGCAAACUGCACCCAGUGUCGUACACGUUAGCAGUUGAAUAUUGUGUAUUUUCUACUUUUGAAACAAACCCCUCUCUUUUCACGAAGUCGUUGGAUGUGUAACGUGGUGACGCCUUCUCAGGACAAACCUGUGGCAAAGUGUGGUUUGUGUUGUUGGGACGAGAAACUUCUUAAAACAUUGUAAUGUGACUUUAUAUUAUUCGGUCGUGUCGUAUUAUUUAACAUCAAUAACUGUACAGAUGUAAAUGAUGUCAUGUCCCACCUUUCAUUUUUUUCUCUUAAAGGUCAAACUUUCAGUGCGAGUUUCUCCAAAUCAAAAAGCGAGGGCUUCUCUCUAGAGCCGAACAAUCACAUGGAGACAUGUUUUCUACUGGAGUGGCCUCAACGGACCAGGAUGCAUCUCAACCACAGACACGCAGGCGUUGCAGUGUGUGUACACAGCCGUGCUCUCCGUGGUUGUAGGGAUGCAUUCUGGGAAAUGUGAGGGUUGUGGAAGUGGCUGCACCAAAAAUAGCAAAUGGAGACACUUAAUCAAAGUUGAUGAUGUUUAACGAGUGGGUGUCGGGGAGGAGGUUCAUCCCUGUAACGUGUUGAUCUGUCGUGUUUCUGCUGCAUGAAGAACUUGAUUUGCUUCCAUGAAAAAGCCUCAAAUGUUUAAAAACACAUUUAGUUGAAACACCAGUUUGUUCUCCAGCUGAAUUAAACUGUCCCGUGAGGAGAUUUCUGUUAAAUCAGUCGUGAAACGUACAACAGACGCUAACAGAUGCUUUUUUGCAGCCGUUUACCAGCAUUGACGUACAGAAUAUACACGUUAACAUCCAGCUUUGAAUAUCUGAAAUGUGUGGCUUCAUAUUUAUAUGCAUUCAUUAAGUCCGUAUAGCGACAAAAGGUUUUGAUGUAUUUUGUGUUGUAUAGACAAACAUUGUGUGAAGCCUGUGUUGUUGUCAUCCCUCAUGGCUCCUGCUCUUUAACCCCUGAACGACCUUACUACUGUUUCUUUGGACAAUAUAGUCUCAAUGCUUUCCUCUCAUAGUUAUUAUCCUGAUAUUAAUUUAAUAAAGUGGUUCCAUACUUCUCA